ACGCUAAAAACAUUCGUCUUACUGUUCUUGGAGUUUAUUUACUUCCGGGUAAAUUAUUGCAAAAUAAAAUCUAAUUUUAGAAUCAUUCUCAUUUCUGGAUCAAUAUUGCAAAAGUGUCAGAGCGCUGUGUUGAGUGCAAAACAAUCAAUUGAGUCAUCAAAAUGACAUCUAAGAACGUACCUCCGCCAUCUUACAGUGAUGUUGGGGCAUACCCACCUGAUCAAGUAGGUUUUGUCCAAGGUCAACCACCAGUUCAAGGUUAUCCUCAAGGAUAUUCCAACCAACCAUAUGGCUACAAUCAGCCACCAGGCUAUGGACCUAAUAACCCUUCCCAGGGCUACAAUAUGUCCCCACCCGCCAACGAACACCAUGACGUCCCUAAGCAUGAUGACGUUGAGGGACCAGUAUUGUUUGACUCCAACUCAUUCUCAGACAAGGCUGUCAGGAGAGGAUUCAUCAGAAAGGUGUACCUGAUUCUCUUCACUCAGCUGCUGAUCACUUUUGGCUGUGUUUGCCUCUUCACCUUCACGAAGGAAAUCAAGGGCUUUGUCCAGUCUUCAAAUGGCAGCAUUGUCUAUUAUGUGUCCUAUGGCACAUUCUUGGUGACCUACAUUGUGCUAAUCUGCAUCCCAUCUGUGAGACGAAAGUCUCCUGGCAAUUUCAUCUGUCUUGGACUUUUCACACUGGUGUUCACCUACAUGGUGGCAACUAUCAGCUCGUUCUAUGAAACAAAGAGUGUGUUGGUUGCUGCUGGAAUCACGGGCCUUGUCUGCCUCUCUCUGUCGCUGUUUGCCAUUCAAACAAAGAUUGACUUCACCAUGUGCUCCGGGCUGCUGUUUGCCCUCUGCAUGGUCCUCCUGUUCUUCGGCCUCUCCUGCAUCAUCGUCUACGCCACUUCGGGACCAAACUAUAUCCUGCACUGUGUGUACGGAGGUCUGGCAGCGCUGCUCUUCUCCCUGUUCCUGAUAUACGAUACCCAGAUGAUUGUGGGCGGUCGCAAGCAUGAGUUGAGCCCGGAAGAGUAUGUGUACGGGGCCCUUCAGCUGUACCUCGACGUCGUCUACCUGUUCCUUAUCAUCCUCUCCCUCUUUGGUAGCAAGAACUAGUGGGCCUUUGGGCUUGGGCAGCUCUGGGAGCCUGUAUUCACAAAGCUUCGUGGAAAAAAAAUAAUUUGGUUUUAGUUUUUGGUAUUUUUUAUUCUGAAGGAUAUUUAAAAAUGAACUGUUACAGGAGUAUAAUUAUUUUAUUUUUUUACCAGUUAUCUAACAUCCAUCAAAUGAAAUAUUUCCGACUUUGCAUUUUUUGCCGUAAUUUUUUUAUACUGGACUAAUUGCUUUAAGAGCUGUUUAAAUACUAGCAUAGUGCAGAUUGGUGCGAGCAUUGUUAACAGAGAUGACAUGCUGGUCAUCUUUACAACAGAUUACAACAGAACAAGUCAAGACACAAAUGAAAAAACAACAACAUAAAUAUGUGCACACUGUUGAAAUCUUUACUGAACAUUUUUUAUCAUAGAAAUACUGUAAGUUGAGGAUUAUUUAUUUAUUUAAAUAAUUAGUUCCAAAAAAACUUAAUCACAGCAUUUGUGUAUGAAUAAGUUAAAAAAAUACAAGGCAUUAUAAACAGGAUGUGAUUUUUAGAGCUGACAAAACGAGGAAAAACACUUCACAAAAUAUUUGAUAAAUUACAAGUAUUGAUUUUCACUUGUUGUAGUUUGAUUACUUAUUUGUUGUUGUUUUGUUACAUAUUCUGUAAGAAAUUUAUUUUGCAUACUGGUAGUUUUCAUGGUUAUAGUAAAUGUUGAUUUGUCUGGUUUUAUUUGUGUAUAUGCCUUGUUUUUACCAUUUUCACCAAAGCAAAAACUAUUGCCCUUUGUAUAGCCAUGUUAUGAACAAAAUAUUUGCUUAUUAUAAGAACUUCAGCAUUUUGUCUUGUCACUUACUGAUUGACACUAGACUACAUUAUAAAGACAGCGAAGUCUUAGGUAAUGUAUUGUUUAUUGGGAAGAGGAAAAUUACAAUGAGCCAGGCAUGGUAUAGGGGAGAUAACCCUGGGUUAUGGUUAGUGUUAGGGGUCGGGUUAGGGUUAAGGUAUGGGUUAAGGCUAAUCCUAACCCGACCCCUAACACUAACCCUAACCCUAACCGUAACCCUCUAACCCCCCCCAUGCGCAUUACAAUACCAUGCCUUGUUUAUCAGCUGGGGUCCAAUUUUUGUUGAAUUUGUGUUAUAUAUUCAUGUUUAUAUUACUAAUAUUAUAAUUGGAUAUUUUAAUUUUUAAAAUAAUGGCACAUUUAUUUAGUGUUAGAAGAAUCCAGUUAUUUUUCAUCAUGUUGAUAGCUUAGACAAGCAUCCACUAUUGUUUGCAUGAAAUGAUAAACAUAAUAGAUUUAUAUAAGAGUAUUUAACAUAUAACAUAUAAACAUAUGUAUAAGAGAAUAUAACAUAUAAACAUAAUAUCAAAGUAUAUAUGUGUAAUAGCAAAUUCCAAGCAUACAAUUGCUUUGUAAUAUGAAAUGUCUUAAUAUUUUGUUAUUAAAUAAAUGUUACCAAAAAUUAAGAUGCUGAUUUUUGUGGAACACUUUGUAUUGUAGUGUGCCUUUCUAGUCUCUUUUCUUAUUGUUCUUAGUUAUAUAAUAAUAUUAACUUUCUCCCACUCCAGACAGUUAUUCUUACAACCUGUUAACGAAACAAAGAAGUUAAAAAAAGUGUAUGUGACCCAUUUAGAGUCUUUUGUUAGAUUGCAUUACAAAACCUGUUAACAAAAUAUUUAAACAUUACAAAAGGUUAUUGCUCAAAUAGAAAUAAGUAAAAUGCAUGUUUUUGUAUAUCAAAUGAGAGCAAAAUGCUCUAGUGUGAGCCAUUCUGGAUGUUACCAAUAUAUAUUGGCAACAUUUUACUUCUGGAACGUUCACAUUCCUGGUAUGGUCCUUUAACAGAACAGUUUAAUUUGAAUGUCUAGACACUGUGAUUAAACAAGGACUAAUUUUAAUAUCUUGUAUGCAACCACUAGUUUCACACAGAUGUUCAUUGGGAGAAUCUCAACCAUGCUUCGGUUGAUUCCUAAAAACAGCCUCUCAGGAAAGAAAUAUAGCAGUUUUCCUUAUAUUGCAACCACUUUUAAGUAAAUGUUUAAAUGUUUUUUUGAAAUUCCUUUGAUAACUUUUUACUACAUUCUAAAAAAAUAUGUUGUUUUGUAAAAAAAAAGGUAUAUUUAUCCAACAAUUUUGGCUUUUGUUGAAAGUGUUUUUUAUUAAAUGGUCUCUUAAAAUGACGGUAACCAACUCGGGGCCAUGUUGGCACUCUUGUUUAUAUAAUUAGUGUGAUUGUUAGUAAUGUAUUUUGACUUGUUUUGAGGUCAUGUGUUUGUUUGUAUACUGACAGUUUAAGAAUUUUAUAGAAAUCCAACUUUAGGGCAUAACAGUAUUUGAUAAAGGUAUGAAGAUGUUAUUCAAAAAUGAGAACAUAAACAGACCCUGUUGAAUAAUACAACACAUUUUUCAUAUCAUAAUCUUAACCUGUUGUUUUGUACAGCACAUUUUAUUUGUUGGACUUUUGUGCUCUGUUAGGUACGAUUUCUUUAUUUAUAUAUUGCUUCAAUCUUUUUUAAUCAAGUGACAGUCACACAUGUAAACCUUUCUAAUGCAUCCACCUUAUAUAUAAAUGCGGUCAAUUUUGUCAUCUGUUAUAUAAUCAAAUGCCAGAACUGACAAAUUCCAAUUUAUAUUUUAAUAUAUUUUGAACAUUCAAUAAUUGCAAAUUACAAAAUUAAUUAUUUGUAUGGUAUUUGACAAGAGCUUUAUUACUGUGUACAGAGCUCCAGAUAAGGAUUUAGUCUUAAGGGUAUUUUACCCCCUGAUAUUAUUGUUAAAGGGUAUUUUACUUCUUUGUUUCAGCCAUAAAGAAUAUUUCGGAAUACUGAGAGGUAUUUUUUCAUUUUCAUGGAAAACUUACAUAGUACAUGACGUGUUUAAUCUAGAAAUAUUAUAAUUUUUUAUUAAUAAAUGCAAACAUAAUAAAUUUUAAAUGAUGAAAUUGAUAUGAACAGACUUUAUUUAAAAUAUUCAACUUGCAUGCGUUGUAUCUCUCUUUUGAUUGGGUCUCUCUUGCAUAUAGUUUUCAUAUAUAGUACACAAACGUCAUUUUGCAAUUAAACUAAGUUAUGGCACUGCUGGUGCAAUUGAAAAUAAAGUCACACUGCCUGAGGUCUAUGUAAGUUAACUUUAAACUUCUUCAACAAUGAGAUCGCUUAAAAUUAUUUUAACAAUUCUAGAAGCAUCACAAAAUUUAUCCCUAUUGACAUAUUGUUAUAUACAGUUACUUGCUGCAGGAGGCGCUGUUUGCUAGAAACGCCCCUUUUUCGAACCUAGAACCGUAGAGUCUAGAAUGGAUCCGUUUUUUGUAAUAUUGGAUACAACUAAGGCUUGUCGUAAAGGGUUAGGGCUAGGUUGGAUCCGGUUGAAUCUGUGUCACAAUUUAUUGUGUAUCCAAAUAGACACAACCACAAGGUUCUUUUGAUUGACUUACUUUUGAUUCAAAGGUUAACUUAUACUAAACACUCAACUGGAUUAUUGCUUAAACAGGUUACACAUUAUAAUUGAUCAAAAUACGUACCAAGAUUUGUAUUGCGUAAUGUUAUUUACCGGGCCGAUUUUUAAAGCGUUUUUUUCAUUUUUCAAUGCGUAAAUACGCAGAUUCGUAUCUUAUCUGGAGCUCUGACUGUGUAUUGUAUUUUUCCGCUGUUUAAUUUUCACAUAAACUUUAAUUGGAUUUAACUGUUUAGAUUCCUCCACUAGUAGGAUGCAUGUUUACUGUCAUGUUGUUCUUGAUUGUUGUUUUCACAUGUUUCAUAUUGUAAAUGAUCAUGCUAUAUGUAUUUGGAUUCUAAUAAUGUUCAUCUACAAAAUAUUAAAAUCAAUAUAUUUUUUCCAUUUCUAUUGUAUCACAAUAAUUUAAUUAGGAUUUAUGUAAGUCACUGCGACUGUCUAUUAUGGUUAUUUAAUAAUGGUUUCAUUCAAAAUGUAUGGUGUGUUUAAAAACGUUUGUAUCCCCACAUACUAGUAAAGAAUUUGUAUUAUGUAAAAGUAACCCCAAGGAUAUGAUUAUCUUAAAUAACUAUCGACCUAUGAGUUAAAAAGUCAAACUACUUUUGUUUCAAACGCUUGGGCUGGUAUGUUGGUUUCAUAGUGGCUGGCAACACUUAGCAUUAAAUCUUGAUUUCAAUUGUUGUGUUUACUAUUUUUUAAUUGUUUCAUGUUUGAUUAUCAUGUACAUGUGGUUUUUUGUUGUCAAUAAAAUACAUAUACAUAAAGAAUA